CACUAAAGGCACAGUUUUCCACAGGAGCUCAAACAACAAAGUUACGACUUCAUCAGAGUGUGUUCUAUUGAUAAGUGCAGUUAUUAAUUGUGUGCUAGCGGAGUGCUCCAUUAGGAAGAACCUGUUCCGGUGAAGAGAUACCUCAAUUAAUCAGCCAUCAUGAGUUCCACCACUUUGCGAGUUUCUAACCACUUGGGACUUGGAUCAACCAUUAUGCGUUGGACUUUUAUGGUACUUAUGAUCGGAACGGUAGUGCAGGCAGCCGAUCAGCGCUUCUGUGGAAAACAACUGGUGAUGACGCUAUCGAUGUUGUGUGAUGAGUUCCCAGAUCUGCAUUAUGGUUCUAAAAAAUCGGUGACCGACUAUGACAAAGACUACAGCUCCGAUGAGUGGAUGGCAAUGAUAAGCCAAGACCCGGAAUCGAUUAUGUCGACCGACUUGAUGAUGCCACACAUGGAGCAAUCAAGCCAACAGAAAGUACCCAUGUGGAUGGCCAUGAUGUACCCACAGGGCUACGGGUUCAGAAGCAGCGCCACCCGCAACGAUUUGAUCCCACCGCGUUUCCGAAAGAGUCCCCGCGGUAUUGUUGAUGAGUGCUGCUUGCGGCCGUGUAGCCUCAAUCAGUUGCUGAAAUACUGCAAAACUGUUGCUUAAAUAUUCCAAAUGUUGAAUCAGUGCCUGUAAGCUGCCGGGUUUAACCCAGCGGCUUAAGUUGUAGUAGUUGUUACAAUCGAUAUAGAAUAUCCUCGUUACCAGAAGUUGAGUUUUACAAGGACAAAUGAUCUCGUACAGGUGUGGUGCAUAGCCAUAAGACAAGUGCUGUGAAGAUAUAGUCACGAGUGCAGAAAGGCACGGAAGAUUUUAAAUGCACCGAUAUUGCAUGUACAAACUUAGAUAUUACACUGCUAGGAAUGAAACUGUUAAUAACUAAUUCCAAUUAUUUUAUAUACUUGUUAUUGUGUAAGCAAAGGUAAAUAAAUAUUUACAA